UGCGCGGUUCUAGAGGAGGGACCAGUGCGGGCCGCCAGACUUGGGCGAGCCCGGCAGCGCCAGGAGUCCAGCUUGCCCUGCCCUGCCCUGCCCUGCCUGCCUGCCUGCCCAGCGAGGCGCCGCGAUGUGAGACUCCCCGGGCCGGAGCGUCCGUACGGCACGCCAGCUCCGCGAGCGCAGCACCCCGCGCGCUAGGAACGUUGUGAGGACUGAACACAGGAAAGGUACCCUCAUCUCAGACUCCAGAGCCCGUCUCAGCAUCUGAUCACUGCCCCUCUCAGAGAGGAAACUGAGGCAGCCACAGCGCCAUCUUCUCUCAAGCCCUGAGUAGGGCCUGACCACAUCCUUCUCACCCUACUUUGGGACCUGGGGUCUGGAAGUCCAGCAGGAAGGAUGACUGAGACCAGUGUCUCCCCAUGUCCCUCAGCAGAAGAAAAGAUGGCGGCCAAACAGCCCCCUCCGCUCAUGAAGAAGCACAGCCAGACAGAUCUUGUGAGCCGCCUGAAGACCAGAAAGAUCCUGGGCGUGGGCGGGGAGGAUGACGAUGGCGAAGUGCACCGGUCAAAGAUCAGCCAGGUUUUGGGCAACGAGAUAAAGUUUGCUGUGCGGGAGCCUCUGGGGCUCAGGGUCUGGCAGUUUCUCUCUGCUAUGCUGUUCUCCAGUGUGGCCAUCAUGGCCCUCGCUCUCCCUGACCAACUUUACGAUGCAGUUUUUGAUGGGGCCGAGGUCACAAGCAAGACCCCCAUCCGCCUCUACGGGGGUGCCCUCCUGAGCAUCUCCCUGAUCAUGUGGAACGCACUCUACACAGCCGAGAAGGUUAUCAUCCGCUGGACUCUGCUCACUGAGGCCUGCUACUUUGGGGUGCAGUCCCUGGUGGUCACUGCCACGCUUGCUGAGACGGGCCUCAUGUCCCUGGGGACUGUGCUGCUCCUGGCCAGCCGCCUCCUCUUUGUCAUCAUCAGCAUCUACUACUAUUACCAAGUCGGCCGGAAACCCAAGAAAGUGUAGCGGGCUGGGAGCUGCCUGGGCCUGGACCUGGGCCGGAGCGGCUGGGGACUGCACUGCCCAUGGGUCCCAGGCAGGCCUGCAGGCAGGCAGGGUGCACGCGCCUUCCUUCCCUCCCAGGCACUCCAUGGAGUCAUCUUGGAUCUCCUAGGAUUCUAGGAGUGACAAACCAGGCUGUGGCCUCUGCACCCCACCCCUCACCCCAUGCGGGGACAACUCUUUGCCCUGCGUUUCUAGGCCUCUAGACUCUUAACAGGCACAGUCUAGAGUAGAGUAUUGGGGUCUGGGCUGAGUCAAGGUUAGUUCCUCUGGCAGGAAGCCCUUUCUAGGAGGUUGUGUCAGCCCCAGCAGCAGCUCUAACACACACACACACACACACACACACACACACACACACACACACACACACACAGUUUCUAGAGCCCCAGUUGAGGUCCUCUAGCAAGGGGAGUGAUUGUUUCCCUUGGGCCAAGUUCCCCAUCCUCAGCCUGCACAUCUGAUCCUCUCUUUGGCCUGCUAUAGGGUGUUCUGACUCUGGCUGGCUGGCUGCAUCCCAGAGCCCCAGAGUCCCUUCCCAACAGGCCAGGGUUAGACAAUAUACCACAGGCCUGACAGUCCCUGGCACCUGUCUGUCCAUAGACUUCUAGCGCAUGAGGAAUUCUGAGGAGAAGCGAAGUGGGGACACUUCCUCUGCAUGGCCUCCAAGGCCUGCAUGGCUAUCCCUGGCUCUGCCUCCUCCGGAUCCCCUCCUGAGGCUGCCCCAAGGCCUACGUGUUAAAACCUACAGCCCCUCAAACACAACAACGGAGAGAGAUGAAGUGAGUGUGCCACCCCUUAGCAGCCUAUGUGGGCCUCUAGAGCUGAAGACACGCCCCUGAUGCCACCCACCUGUGUGGCCCCUCCCUCCCUCCGUCCCAGCUCCCAAUACCUUCCUACCCUUCAGCAGCAAGCACACUAAGUAAGAGAUUUGCCCUGAGGCCUCUCCUUUCUGCAAGGGGAUGGUCCCCUAUGCCCGAGGAAUCUUCCUCUAGGGCACCUGGGCUCACAGCCUCCCUGGGCUCAGUUGUUCCUGCUGCCAAGUGCCCCAUGACAAUGGCCUGUGCCUAGUAGAGGGGACUCAGGGAAGUUUCAGUGGAAAAUAUGCUCAGCAGUGGCCCAGGCUGCUUCUGUAACCGAGGUCUGGCUGAGUGGUGAAUCUCUGGGCGUUCAGGAAGGGCCCAUUGUGUAUCUCUGCCCCUUGUCACUGGCUUUGUGCCAGUCCCUCAGUCCCACCUCUUGACUCAGAGCACAGGCCCAGCCACUGGCAGCUCCUGGUACAGUCCUAGCUGCUGUAGACCGGGUACCAUUUCUUGACUGUUCUCAGAGCUGGUGAGGAUUUGUUCUCUUGAAUCCUCUACAAAUGCAGAUACAGUCCCAAGAGAGGUAGUCAUAGAAAUGGAAGAUGCCAGCCAUGCACAGCCUGAGGGCACAUCUGCCAGGCUUCCCUUCAGCACCAGCAGGUGGUAGGGCCUGCCCUGGGGGUAGUGCCCAGGUCACCCUGGUUAAACUGCAGUGAUACAUUUAGAUAGGAUGGGGUCAAGGCCAGACCAAGGCCAGCAUAUAGACACCUGUGGCCUCUGGGAGACACCUGCUUGGAAGGAGGCAGUGAUGGAGACAGCCCCACCCUGGAUCUGAGCUCAGGGUGCCCUGACUGCCCCCCUCCACAGCUCCUCUUCUCGUGCUUCUGCCUGGCCCCCAAGACUGCCUCUGUCAUGGUCACUAUUUAUUCUUGUUCCCCUUUUCUUUUUGUAAGAAACAGUCACACAAAAAAACCAAUGAGAAACGAUA